CCUGAAUAUGUUUUCGAACAUGAAGACAUGCCUUUGGACGAUCAAACCAUUGCUAUUAUGGAUUUUGGUGAUCUUACAUCAUCCCAGUUGGAUUUGCCUUUUGUGGAUAAUCCAAAUUUAACUUGCUCGGAGUGUAAUAAAACCUUUACACAACGGAGGAAUUUAAUAAGGCAUAUUAACGUGCAACAUUCGGCAGGUAAAUACAUUUGCUCCAUAUGCAAAAAGAUCUUCCGACGAUCCGAUAAACUAGAUAAUCAUAUGAAGUUUCAUGCUAAAUCACCGAAACCUGGACCAUCUCACGCAGUGAAACGAUCAGCUCCUCCCCCACCACGCCUGCUUCUAAACGACCACGACAAGAACGCCCACCCUGUCUUGGUACGUUUGCUACGGAAAUCAUUUAUCCCAGUGAUGACACCAAGAAUGACUUACAAGUAUUUUUAGAAUUUUCAAGAACCAAAGUCGCAGGUAAGAUUGAACAAGCUGCCGCACAGCACCAAGGUAUCAAAUGGUACUUGAAUGCUUGUGUAAAGAUGGUCAGAAAAGUCUCAGAGACCGAGGAGGAGACAUGCACCCCUUACUUUCGGUCCAGAUGCAGCACUACGCUCACGGGAGAAAUGCCCGACAUGCAAACAGCUAUUGAGAAGGUAAGGAAAUUUAUUUUAUAUGAAUUAUAUAUACAGUGUACAACAUAAGAAUUAGUGUCACUCAUGAAACAUUUUAUUUUUAUAGGUGCUGGAGUCUCUAGAAAAGUUUAUAAGAAAAGGUUCAGGAUGGGUUUUAGACUCCGUGCAAUACCUCGAGCUCAAGACCGCUGUCUACAAGCCCCUGGCAGCCUCUUCUUACAUACCUCUGCCAAAAGCCUUAGGCAGUAAAAUGGCGGUUCUCAAUAUCCAAAACGAAGACCACAAAUGUCUCGUCUGGAGCGUCCUGGCGGCCCUUCAUCCCGUUGAAGGUCAUGGAGAACAUGCGUACAGAGUAGGCCAUUACAAAACCUAUGAAAAUGAAAUAAACGUGGAUGGCUUGUCUUUUCCUACCCCCAUUCACCAGCUAGUCAAGUUCGAGAAAAUGAACAACCUGUCGAUCAACGUGUUUGGUUGGGAAAACAAUGAAAUUUUGCCUCUUCGAAUCACGAAGAGUAGAAACGGUAAUUUAUCCUUAUUUUAUAACCUUUUUAACAGAUAUUUUUCUCUUUUGCAGGUGACCGCCAUAUCAAUCUGCUGCUCAUUUCCGAUGAGGAAAAGAGACAUUAUUGUCUCAUUAUUAUCUCAUUAUGUCUCGUCUUCUUGCGGGCCUCACGAAAGUCGAACAUGCUACAUUUUAUUGUGACUAUUGCUUACACAGGUUCAAAAAGGAGACCCUAGAUGCUCGUGUAAAAGACUGUCAAGUACAUGGUCCCCCAAAAAUUAAAAUGCCUAAAGACAAGUGGUUGAAAUUUGACAAGUCGCAGUUUCAGCUUCCAGUACCUUACGUUAUUUACGCCGACUUUGAAUGCAUUUUAGUGAAGCUAGCCACCUGUUUGCCGGAUCCAUCAAGGUCUUCAACUACUCCUGUUGCCAACCAUAUAGCAUCCGGAUAUUGUUAUACUAUUAUUGGACCGAAUGGUGAAUUUUAUAAAGCUCCAGUUAUCUACCGAGGAAGAGAUGCAGUCGAUCACCUCUUAGCUGCUCUUAUUCGUGAGGAAGAGAAUCUAACAGAACUACUGAAAACAAAUGAACCAAUGAUCUUCACCAAAGAAGACCAAGCUAUGUAUGAAACAGCCACUCAUUGUCAUAUUUGUGGACAAUCUCUGAAAGGUGAUAAGGUCCGUGAUCAUAAUCAUCUUACAGGUCAGUAUCGAGGAGCUGCUCAUAACAGUUGCAAUCUGAAUUUUAAGCAUGGCAACUAUAUCCCUGUGGUCCUUCAUAAUCUCCGGGGAUACGACAAACAAAGGCAUAGCAGUGCGAAAUAGACUGCGAAAAAAUCCCCCGAGACCAUAGCCCUUUUGAUAGGGUUGGCCUUGAUAAUAAGAAAGUCCCGAGCCGGUUUGAUAAUCAUAAUUUUGAGUACAACAUUCGUAUGGUACGAGCAUCUUGAUGUCUUUUUUACAAAUAAAACUUUUCCUCUUCUGUUGUCAUAUUUAUAGGAUUUGUCGUCUUCGGAAAUGAAGCACAAGAAUUAACUUACCUCUCUCAAAAGGAACGAAUGUACCCGAAUUGAGUCGGAUUUCCACUUCGAUUGUAUUAAAUGAAUUUCUUGCUACUGGUACAUAAUGCGGUCUGUCGUAUUGUACAUUUACGGUAUCACCAUCUUUUCCGGUAACUGUCACGACUCUUAAGAGGGGAGCUUGCACAUUACCAACAAUCUGAGGCGAAACGAUAUCACUAUACACAUAA